UGUGAGUUUUUAAACAUUUAUUUUCUCUCCCCUUUCUUUGGGGGCACUCUCCCCUUUAGGAUCUGGCCUGGACUUAGGCUACGAGAACUUGUUGACAAGUGAAAGCUUGGUAGAACCGCGGCCCGGUUUGUGUGUUUGUUUAUUUUUUACAAAGUGACUUCAUAUUUACUCUGGACCUCGUCUGUGCCCUUUGGGGGGACAUCGGCUCUGAUCAGCGCGCCAGCAGCCGCCGUCCGAGCUGCGGGGAAACGGGGCGCGCCCUCUGGGGGGCGAGUGGCAGUGUCCGAGCUAAUUUCCUCCGUAACCUUUAAACUCUCGCUGGAAGCCGUGGCGGCGGUUGAUCACGUGAGGCGAGCCCUGGGCUGCUGGGGAAGAAUUUCCUCCGCGGGGAGCCGGGGACGGGGACGGCUGCCUGGCGAGGGACGGCCCCGCGCCAGGGGACGCGAACCUGCGCGGGCGGGGCCGAGAGCGCGGAGGCCCGGGGCGCGGCCCGGGCCGGACUCCCCGGGGGACUGCGCAGGAAGAGGUCGUCUCUGCAACCUGCGAGCGGGGGUUAGUGCAAAUGGAAAAAGAAAACCUCGGUCCUCACUCGUGUACCAAUCAAGGCAGGCAGUUUGUAGCGACCGUGGUCUUUGAAGAUAUAAUGAAGUUCAAGAUCUUGAGAAGAGAUCAUUCUGGAUCACCCGGGUGGGCUAAAUCCAAAGACAAUACAAUGAAUAUACAGUGAAGCAGAUGGAGAUGGACACAGACACAGAGGAGAAGGCGAUGUAAAGACAGAGGCGAAGACUGGAGUGAUGAGGCCACAAGCCAAGGAAGCCAAAGAAUGUCGACAGCCCCCAGAAGCUGGAAGAGACUAGGAAAGGUUCUCCCCUGGAGCCUCCACAGAGAAUGAGGUCCUGUUGACAUCUUGACUUCAGACUUCUGGCUUCCAGAACUGCAGCAGCAGAAUGCCUUUGGAGUCCCUGGAAAGGAGCAAUCAGCCCUCUGAUAAAAUGGGUCUGGGCUAACUGUUUUUGAAGAAAUGCCACUCUGAAUAUGAAAUGACACAGAGCUUUAACAUGGCUCACUGGAGACCUGAGCUGCUCAAUUGCCCUGGGACCACAGAUCACUUGGAAAUGAAAAGAUAAUGAGAGUAGUUGCCCACUUCGGGCUUUGGGACUUGUUUCAACCAAGGUCUGGUGACUAGUACAGAACAUGGACAGCAUCCAGAUUCUAAGUCCCUGCCUGACCAGUUACCAGCUCUGUGAUUCCAAGUGAAUCACUUAAUGGCUCUGAGCCUCAGUGUCCUCAUCCAGAUGAAAGAGGCGAGUCAUCUCUGCCACCUACUCACAGUGUUGAUCUCAGACAAGAGAAGAUGUCAUCAUUGCCAAGAAGAGCAAAAGUAAAGGCCCAGACUGCAGUAGCCAAAGAUGAAUUUUCUUCCUUCUCCGAGCUAUCAUCUGCCUCUGAAGAAGAUGACAAGGAAGAUAGUGCCUGGGAGCCUCAAAAGAAAGUCCCCAGAAGCCGUAAGCAGCCUGUUCCCAAGGAAUCCAAACCAAAGAGGGUGCCACGGGUGAAGAAGAACACCCUACAGAUCAGUGAUGGCCCAGAAGGCGUGGCUGUUAAGGAGGAGCUGAACAGCUCUGUGGCUAUUGCCGAUGUUGACUUGGAAGACAGAAAAAAUAAAUCGGAUACUGUGCAGCCUCUGAAGACAGCGAAGACAAAAAGGAAAAAUUCAGCUCAGUCACCUUCAGCUCAGAGGACCAAAAAGCUGAAAGUUGAUGAAGAAACCCACAAAGCCAGCAACUUGGAGAGUGGGAGUAACAGUUCAGAGACACCGUCCACAAGCACUAUGUGGGAAGGUGCAUGCAAGAAGGAAGAGAAUGAAGAUGAUGUUACAUUCGGUCAGUCCCCUUUAAAGAGAGUGAAGACCGAAACAUGUCCUCAGGGGGAGCCUGUCAGGUUUCCGGCAGACGCCCACAAUAUUAAAGAGGAGGUGGAAAUGAACUGGGACAUAGUACAGGUUUUAUCUGAGAGAACGAAUAUUGAACUUUGGGUUUGUGCCAACAUCAUUCGUCUCUUUAAUGAUGAUAACACAAUUCCCUUCAUUAUACGUUAUCGAAAAGAGCUCAUUAAUAACCUUGAUGCCGAUUCCUUGAGAGAAGUUCGACAAACCCUGGAGGAGCUACGGGCUGUUGCAAAGAAGGUUUAUAGUACAAUCCAGAAAAUUAAGAAAGAGGGGAAGAUGUCUGAAUGCUUGUUAAAAGCCUUGCUGAACUGUAAAACUUUUGAAGAACUAGAACACGUGUCGGCUCCAUAUAAAACUGGGAGCAAAGGCACAAAAGCCCAGAGAGCAAAGCAGUUGGGAUUAGAAGGAGCAGCCAGGACACUGCUGGAGAAUCCAGGGGGGCUCAGUCUGCUGUCUUACGUGCGACCCAAUGUAAAAGGGCUCUCAGCACUCCAGGAUAUUGAAACAGGAGUGCAGCAUAUUCUAGCAGACAUGAUUGCUAAAGACAAAGACACGCUGGACUUCAUUCGGAAAUUGUGCCAAAAUAGAUAUAUUUGUAUCCAGUCAUCUCUGGCAAAAGUCUCCUCAAAAAAAGUAAAUGAGAAAGAUGUUGAUAAGUUUCAGCUGUACCAGAAUUUUUCAUGCAACAUAAGAAACAUCCAACAUCAUCAGAUUCUGGCAAUUAACCGUGGAGAAAAUUUGAAGAUACUGACGGUCAAGGUCAACAUUUCUGAUGGAGUGAAGAACGAAUUCUGUAGAUGGUGCAUCCAGAAUAGGUGGAGACCACGAGGCUUUGCAAGGCCAGAGUUAAUGAAGAUCUUAUACAAUUCACUGGACGAUUCCUUUAAACGCCUUAUUUAUCCUCUCCUCUGUAGAGAGUUCAGAGCCAAACUAACAUCAGAUGCAGAGAAGGAAUCAGUAAUGAUGUUUGGGCGAAACCUUCGUCAGCUCCUCUUAACAAGCCCCGUUCCAGGGCGCACCUUGAUGGGAGUGGAUCCUGGUUACAAGCAUGGUUGCAAGUUAGCUAUAAUUUCUCCUACCAGUCAGAUACUUCAUACUGAUGUGGUUUAUUUGCAUUGUGGACAAGGCUUUCGAGAGGCAGAGAAAAUAAAGAGGCUUUUGCUGAAUUUCAACUGCAGCACAGUGGUGAUUGGAAAUGGAACUGCCUGCCGGGAAACAGAAGCUUACUUUGCUGACCUGAUAAUGAAAAAUUACUUUGCACCACUGGAUGUUGUUUACUGUAUUGUCAGUGAAGCAGGAGCAUCAAUCUACAGUGUCAGCCCUGAAGCUAACAAAGAGAUGCCAGGACUGGACCCUAAUUUGAGAAGUGCAGUUUCCAUAGCAAGGCGUGUACAAGAUCCAUUAGCUGAGCUGGUGAAAAUUGAGCCAAAGCACAUUGGAGUUGGAAUGUAUCAGCACGAUGUGUCUCAGACUUUACUCAAGGCAACACUGGACAGUGUUGUGGAAGAAUGUGUCAGCUUUGUGGGAGUGGAUAUUAACAUCUGUUCAGAAGUUUUGUUAAGGCAUAUUGCAGGACUCAAUGCCAACCGAGCCAAAAAUAUUAUUGAAUGGCGAGAGAAAAACGGGCCCUUCAUCAACAGAGAACAGCUGAAGAAAGUGAAAGGGCUGGGUCCAAAAUCUUUCCAACAGUGUGCAGGCUUCAUCAGAAUCAACCAGGAUUAUGUUCGAACAUUUUGCAGCAGUCAGCAAACUGAAUCUGCAGGUCACAUUCAGGGAGUUGCUGUAACAUCUUCAGCGGGCGUUGAGGUCACAAAUGAGAAGCAGGGCAAGAAGAAGAGCAAAACUGCAGUGAAUGUUGUACUGAUGCCAAAUCCCUUGGACCAAACUUGUAUUCACCCGGAAUCGUAUGACAUAGCGAUGAGGUUUUUAUCAUUCAUUGGAGGGACACUGUGUGACAUUGGAAAGCCUGAAAUGCAACAAAAAAUAAAUUCAUUCCUUGAAAAGGAAGGAAUAGAGAAAAUUGCAGAAAGAUUGCGAACAACUGUUCACACGUUACAAGUCAUCAUAGAUGGUCUCAAUCAGCCUGAAAGCUUUGACUUUCGAACAGAUUUUGAUAAGCCUGAUUUCAAAAGAAGCAUAGUCUGCUUGGAAGACCUACAGGUUGGGACAGUCCUUACAGGCAAAGUCGAGAAUGCCACUCUGUUUGGAAUUUUUGUGGAUAUAGGAGUGGGGAGAUCAGGGUUGAUUCCCAUACGAAAUGUAACAGAAGCAAAACUUUCUAAAACAAAGAAGAGAAGGAGUCUUGGACUGGGCCCUGGAGAAAGAGUGGAAGUCCAAGUACUCAACAUUGACAUCCCCCGAUCUAGGAUUACUCUGGACCUCCUUCGGGUGUUGUGAGUGUCCCACUGAAGGCCUUGUUUCUGCAGAUUGGCAAGAAUGUCAGAUGGUUGUGAAUUCUAGAUUGCAGUUGAGGAAGACUUCACUUAAUAUCAGAAGUAUUUUCCAAACACUUACCUUAUUUUUCCUUCUGAAUAAAUAGAAAACUAACAGUUUGAUUUCUUUUCCCCUUAAAGAAAGCAACUAAUAGACAUCCUUCUGUGGCUUUAGGUAGUAAUAAUUUUCUGACCAAAACUUUAUUUUUUGUAAUUCAUCUUCGACUCUUUUUGCAUUUUGUAUAACAGAUUAUUUCGCUUCCACUUGCCAUCAUGCCUUGCUGGACUUCUAUGGAAGUAUCUUCUUGAUUUGAAUUAUACGAUGUUUCUUGACACAGUAGGGCUGGCAGUAUUUAAUCCUCCUUUUUUAUAGAUUUUUUUAAUCAUGCCUUUUAGACUUGAUUUAUGAUUUUCCCUCACCAAGAAAACCAAAAAUAUACCAAUAAAACAGAUCCUGAUGUGUUCAUAACCAUCAAGUGAAUGGUUCAAAAUAUUUCUCAGAAGGAUAUAUGUAUUGAUCCCUACAAUAAAGUUUUGUGGCUAGUGA